GCCCACAUCGAUCUCGGCCAUCUCAGUAACUCUUAAACCCUCCUCCCAUUCUCUUCCCGUCUCUCUUCCUCAGUCGACGCAGCGCCACCACCUCUCCCCCCACCAUCCGCCAUGGGCCUCCUCAAGAACUCCCUCCUGCUCCAAGGGCAGCUGCGGCAUGCUACGGCUCAGGCGGCGGCGGCGGCCGCAGGGGUGGGGCGGCGCGGCGUGGCGACGUCGACGGAGGAGUACAUGCGCCGCAACUACGCUAACAAUGUCUCCGAGUACAACACCGUCAUUGGGUCCCUCGUCCAGCAGCGCAGGCCCUACCUGCUUCGUGAUGCCUACGAUGACAUGCUGCUCGACGGGGUGCAGCCUGUGCGGGAUACAUUCCACAAUCUCAUAGUCGGCACCAUGAAGGGCAGCCGGCUGCAAGAUGCUUUCUACUUCCGCGAUCAGAUGAGAGAAAUGGGCUUGCAGCCUGAUGUUAACCUAUACAAUUUUCUGAUUUCCACUUGCGGGAAAUGCAAGAACUCGGAUGCAGCAAUCUUGCUUCUGGAAGAAAUGAAAGCACAUGGCGUUAAGUUGAAAGGAGAAACCUACAUUUGUCUCUUGAAUGCACUUGCAGCAACUGGGCGUACCGAUCAAGUUUAUGCUAUAGUUCGUGAUAUGACCGCCGCUGGACUUGGAUUAAACAAGUUUUGUUAUGCUGGACUAAUAACUGCAUUCAAGAACAAGACACCAGCCAGUGAGGAUACUCCGGCAAAAAUUCUUGAGUUCGUCCAGCAGUCAAAAGGUUGGCAGUAUGUUGAAAGGGUAGCAAAUGAUAGUGCUGAGAAUAUAAUGAUGAAUGUGUCAGAGGAAGAGCUAUACAACUUGCCAACAGCAGAAUUUGCACACAGAAGAGGAUUUAUAUUUAAGCAGUUAACAAUUUAUCAUGUUGCUAUCCAUGCUUGUGCAGACUUGGGGAGCAAAGAGACACUCGAAGCACUUCUUGACAUGUUCACUAAAGAGAAUUUUAAUUAUGAUGCCUUCAUUGUGAUGCAAGCUGUAAGGUGUUAUCUUCGAUGUGGAGAUAUUGAUUCCGCUGUUAAGAUGUUUGAAGAGUUCUCAAGCUUGAAACCCACACCCGCAGAGCUGUAUGUGACACUUGCCGAGGGAGCUAUGAUAGGGUAUACUCCAAGAGGAAUGGAAGUUGCUCAAGCAACCUUGGAGAAAAUGACUGAAAGAAAAUUCUUCUUGAAUCCCAAGAUGGGGACGGAUCUUCUACUAGCGGCUUCUGGUGAAAAGACUGGUGGAUAUACAACUGCAAAUUAUAUCUGGGAUAUGCUGCAAACCCGCAAUAUAAUCCCAGCACUUCCUGCUGUUGAAGCAUACUACAAGGGAUUGAAGGAACGAGAAAUUCCUUCUGACGAUCCACGGCUUGUGAAUGUUGCCCGUGUUUUGGACAACCUGCAACUCCGGUUGGGCCCGAGGAGAAAUUUUCAGUAACACACGGUCAAACUGCUCUAGUCUCCCUGUACCAAUGCAGGCUGAAACUUGUUUUGGUAAGGAGGUUGCUGGAUGCAUCAAUAUGUUUAAUAUCCAGAAAACCGAAUAACUACUUUUAGGACGACAGAAAGCAAGGAGAAACCAUCAAGAAUAUCUAUCCGUGGAUAACGGUUAGGAAAGAAUGGCAGGGACCAGUGUAUACAUCCUGAGACAGAAAUGUAUUGUUUUGUCGCCUCCUAUGCCUAAGUCUCUUUCUUAAGUUCCAUUCAAUUUUGUUGUUAUUUAUCUGGGCGGACCAUCUAUCGAACUUUGUGGUUGGAGUUUGUACUGGUUGCCGUUCAAAUGUGAUUGUUUAGUCGUCA